AUGCCCAACACCCACAUCCCCACGAAGCAGACGGCACGCAAGGUCACAGGCGGCAAGGUACCCAAGCCGUACACCCCACCCGAGAGGCCGGCGCCCAAGAAGCCCGUCCGCCCGUCGACGAUCUGGCGCGCAACCCACUGGUUCGAGCUCAGCAUCGCGCAGAUCACGGCCGUGGCAACCGACUCGCGCUGCUUCAAGAAGGUCAAGUGGGUCGUCAAGCACCUCGUCCUCCGCCUCAACGAGCUCAACGAGUACGAGGAGUACAUCGAGACGGGCGAGCGCGAGGACCUGCUCGAGUACAUCGACGACGUGAUUGCCUAUGCUGGCGUCAAUAUCGACGCGCUCAACACUGCGUUUGAGUGCGACUGCCUCGCGGACAACUGGCGCGACUGGUAG